CUAUUCCAGGCAGGUACGUGUCGCUUCAAUCCGGAUUUAGCCAUUUGCAACAUCAGUGACUGGGGAAUCCUACCGAAAAAGGAAGAUGCUCUGGCGUUCGCCGUUUGGAAGAUUGGUCCGGUGGCGGUCAGUUUGAAUGCAGAACCUAAAUCAUUCCAGUUGUACCAAUCCGGAAUCUACGACAGCGCAGAUUGUGAUAGUUCGAAAUUGAACCACGCAGUGUUGGUUGUAGGGUACACCCCAACCUAUUGGAUCAUCAAAAAUUGGUGGGGAACUUGGGGUGAAAAUGGCUACAUGAGGAUUGUACGUGGGAAAAAUAUGUGCGGAAUCGCAAACUACGCGGCGUAUUGUACAAUUAAGUAACGAAUAAAUGUUUGAUGUGCACAUUGAAUCGGAA